UGUCAGGCUUCAGAACCUCAGCACGGACAGACUAGCUUUGCUGAACGUGAGGCGCCGAGCCGACCUUGUUGCUAUAGACUCGGUAUUGACGAGAGGACAAUAGCACAGAGCUGCUCGCCGCUCAGAGGAGACACCAGGAGCACCGAGGGAGGCUAUUCUACUGACCUGUGCUGGCCGUUCACCCAAGCCACCAUGCCCGGGUACGACUACAAGUUCCUGGAGAAGCCGAAAAGGCGUUUUCAGUGUCCGCUAUGCAGUAAAGCAAUGAGGGAACCGGUGCAGGUCUCUACAUGCGGCCACAGAUUCUGUGAUACCUGCCUACAGGAGUUCCUCAGUGAAGGGGUUUUCAAGUGUCCGGAAGACCAGCUCCCCCUGGAUUAUGCCAAGAUCUACCCCGACCCAGAGCUGGAGCAGCAGAUAUUGGCUCUGGCCAUCCGCUGCAUCCACAGUGAGGAAGGCUGCCGCUGGACCGGCCAGAUGAAGCAGCUGCAGAGUCAUUUCACCACCUGUGCGUUCAACGUGAUCCCCUGCCCGAACCGCUGCAGUGUCAAGCUGACGCGCCGCGACCUGCCCGAGCACCUGCAGCACGACUGCCCCAAGCGCAAGGUCAAGUGCGAGUUCUGCGGCAGCGAGUUCACCGGCGAGGCCUUCGAGAAUCACCAGGGCAUUUGUCCCCAGGAGAGUGUUUACUGUGAGAACAAGUGCGGAGCGAGGAUGAUGAGGAGACUCCUGACCCAGCAUACCAUGGCUGAAUGUCCCAAACGCACACAGCCAUGCAAGUACUGCGGCAAAGAGUUCGUCUACGACACCAUCCAGAAUCAUCAGUAUCACUGCCCUCGCUUCCCAGUUCAAUGCCCUAACCAGUGCGGUGCCCCCAACAUUGCCCGGGAAGAUCUCGCCACUCACGUGAAGGAAAGCUGUGGCAGCGCGUUAGUGCUCUGUCCCUUCAAAGAAGCCGGCUGCAAACACAGAUGCCCAAAGCUGGUGAUCGGUCGACACCUAGAAGAGACCACCAAAUCCCACCUGACCAUGAUGUGCAACCUGGUGGGGCGCCAGCGCCAGGAGAUCGCCGAGCUCCGCCGUGACCUGGAAGAGUUGUCGGUGAGCCACGACGGCGUCCUGAUCUGGAAACUGAACGACUACUCGCGCAAGCUGCAGGAGGCCAAAAUGCACAGCAACCACGAGUUCUUCAGCCCGCCCUUCUACACGCACCGCUACGGCUACAAGCUUCAGGCCUCCGCCUUCCUCAACGGCAACGGCAGCGGCGAGGGCUCGCACCUCUCCGUCUACAUCCGAGUGCUACCCGGCGAGUACGACAACCUGCUCGAGUGGCCUUUCUCCUACAAGGUCACCUUCUCUAUAAUGGACCAGAGCGACCCGUCACUGUCCAAGCCCCAGCACAUCACCGAGACCUUCAACCCCGACCCAAACUGGAAGAACUUCCAGAAGCCUAGCAGCAGCCGCGGCUCCCUGGACGAGAGCGCGCUCGGGUUCGGCUACCCCAAGUUCGUCUCGCAUGAGGAGAUCCGCAAGAGAAACUACAUCCGAGAUAACGCCAUCUUCCUUAAGGCUUCCAUCGAGAUUCCACAGAAGAUCAUGAGCUGAGGGAACAAUGCGCUAUUGAUGUCAUUAACGUU